UUUAAUUUAUUUUUUUCUCCUAGAUAUGCCUAUAACAUCUCCCUGAAAGACGUGACACAGAUCACCACUAAGGUGAUCCUGGAAAUGCCCCUGCAACAGCAUGGAUCUGAAACCUCAGCCAGCCAGUACAGCAACACUCUCACAUCUCAUCUGAAGAAGUGGGCAUUAGUUUUGAAGAAUUAUAUCAAGCGGGCUGUAGAUCAUCAGAACUGCCUGGCUGCUGUUGAGGAGUUUUUCGGUGAACAUGAGAUGCUCUGGCCUGCCCUCGUCAAGGCACUGAUGACAUUAUACCAGCUGGAAGUAUUGGUUGAAGAAACUAUCCUUGGUUGGUUCUCUCAGAGUGCGCCUACAGAGAAAGGAAGAAGUAUUCGAAAACAUCAUGGGCUGCAGAAGUUCAUUAAGUGGCUUGAAGAGGCUGAGGUGGAAUCAUCUGAGGAGGAGAAUUAACGCAUUGCGCCAAGUCAUGGGGACCUUUCAUAAAUUUAAGCAUUGCUGAGUGCUCAGUGCAUCGUCAGGUCGACCAGAAUUGAAAAUCGUUUUGGUCUGUUGCGACGAGUGAAAGAAUUGAUAGGUGUGAAAGGCUCUUAUCAGGAUGGGAAUGGUCUUUGGCUGCUAAUUUUUGUCCUUUGGAAACAUUUUAAAACUGGUGUGAUCUCUCACACUGGACACCUUUGUUUAAAUUGUAAAACAGAUUCAUGGGAUCAAAGUCACUGCACCCUGCUCAGUCCUUGGGGCUGUCCAUGGAAUGGGUUUGGACUACUCUUAGUUAGGAUGAGUUCACACCACAAAAUGUCCUCUCACUCAGAACCAGCUUCAGCAGCUUGUUCAGGGAAGUCACAACCUGGCUGGUGUAGAAACUGUAAAACAUAAAGUAUGACCGUGAUGAAGGGAUGGAACACAUUAUCACAUUGUAAAAGUUCACUUUGCAUCUAACCCUGUGCUUGUACCUCCCUGGAAGUGUUUGAUGUGGAGAGUGUAGAGGAAGCUUUACUCUGUGCUGUACCUCCCUGGGAGUGUUUGAUGAGGACUGUGUAGUUUGCUUUCAGCAGUGUUGAAAGUACUUGACAAGACUAAAUUAAGUAAACUUGCUUAACACAUUGUACCUAAUUCAGAUUGUUUUAGGGAACUUUGUGCCACACUAUACCUAACUUGUGUGUGUUGGCUGCUACUAGUAGCUACAAAAAAGUGUUCUAUUCCUGGCAGGAUCAUCCCUUACUUUGAGGAACAUAAGAAUUAAUUUAAUUGAAAGAAAAUUUGACCAGGUUUUUUGCAGGGUGGGGAGGUGGGGAUUUUAAAUUGAAAGCCCCUCACUGGUGCUCUUUUGGAAAUAUCUCACUGUAGCUCUUUUGGAAAUAUCUCACUGUACUCGUUACUGAGUGGAGAAUAAAACUGCAUUGUUCAGGGAAUCAUUCAUCUUCCAACAUUCCCUGAAGGGAAAUAGCUUUGUGAAUAACUGUCUCCCUCUACUUAUAAUGCUGAGAGAUUCAAAGCAGGCACAAGGCAGAUUUAAGGAGGGUUUUGCAUACCAAGAAGGGCAGACUGGGGUGUCAGGAUGGCAACCUUCCUUUUCCUGAAUUUCCUGUGGCCCUAUAUUACUCCAGUCAUCCUUAACAGUAAAGUGGAGUAUGACUAUUGCAAAGUUUCCAUGUAUAUGUGGUCAAACCAAGCCAUGGGUAUAUUAUCAUAGAAUCCCUACAGUGUGAAAGCAGGCCAUCCAAAUAGCAUCCACCCAAUCCCUGUAACCCUGCAUAUCCUACCUAACCUACACAUCUUUGGACGCUAUGGGCAAUUUAGCAUGGCCAAACCACCUAGCCUGCUGAACUUUGGACUGUGGGAGGAAACCGGAGCACCUGGAGGAAACCCACACAGGCACAGGAAGAAUUUUCAAAUUCCACACAAACUCCACAGGGUGGAACCGAACCUAGGUCCCUGGUGCUGUGAGACAACACUGCUAGCCAUGCUGUAUUGCGCCACAGACUGUAACUUGGCUGAUAUAUUUGGAGAUACCGCAAUCAUAACUUUUUUCAAUAGUUAACACCCUUUUCAUUGCCUCAGUGAUAAAGAACCAUAAUAGAUCUUCCAGUCUGGGCUGAGCAAAUGGAUCCCAGAACAGCACAGAAGCUGCUAAAUUAAUUGUUCAUGCAGGGCUGAAAACAUUUUUAUUUGAGGGCUCCUUUUGAGAAUUUUUUGGAGGGUUGAGUCUUGAUUUUAAUUCUGACAUUUUAUCAACUGAUGCAGUUGUGUUGUAACUUUGCUGUGUGUAUUUGUGAACCGGUGUCUACAAGUUUUUCUUCUUUAGGUAAAUACAGUAGCACAAUUACCAAAGAUUGUACACAUCGAGACCUCAGUAGAGACUCCGGAGGACAUCUGCAGUCCUAUCCAUCCUGCCAUUUUGAGUACCUGCCUAUUGUUCCAAUUUUGUUGCCUCUGCAGCCAAAUUUCCCCACUGGGUCAAGAAUUUUCCUUGAAUUCUGUACGCUUCACAUUCUCUCUGAAGAGACUGUUAGUUGACUUCAUCACAUGCUUUCUUAAAAUCCUUGUAAAUAACAUUCAUAGACAUUCUCCCCAGCCACUAAUUGAUUAAAUUACCUGAGCUUUGUCAAGUAAACAUAUAUUCUCUGAUAAGCUAAAAGAUUUCAGGGCUUUCGGUAAGUCCACUGAUAAUGAUAGAUUCUAAUAAUUUCCUGUACUAACGUGCAACGAACACAAUGUUAGAUGGGGUUUCAGCUGCUUAGUUUUUAGUUACCCCACCGUGGAGCUGGGGUCAAUGGGAGCCCAUAUGCUAGGCUUGAGCCAUGAGAAGUGGGACCCAUGUCACCAUGUAUCCGGUACCUGUGGAACCUAUAAUCGCCACACAAACAUGUAGCCAACCAAAGAUCCAGCUCCUGCGAGAGCUGUAUCCUGACAUUGAGGUGGUUACCUAUGCACACUGCACCCCAACUGCCAGCUUUUUGAAAUAAAAGCAAAGUAAUGUAGGUGCUAUAAAUCUGAAUUAAAAACAAAAAGUGCUGGAAGUAGCCAACAGGUCUAGCAGUAUCUGCAGUAAGAAAGCAUUAACUCAAAGUCGAUGACUUCAUUAAAAUUAGUGAAGGCUUUAACGUGGAGGAUACAGGAAUGGGGGAGAAUUGGUCAAAAAAUAUCAAUAUGAAGAAACGUUGCAGUGUUUUGCUCAGUUGCCUUCAAUUGUUGGCAAAAGAAUGAUAAACAGGAUGUUUGGGUUUACAGAGCUGAGUUCAGUGUAAUGAAGUUAAGUGUUAAUGAAUAAUCAUAAUUCAUGCAGCUGUUUUCUAUUACAGCAGAGCUCGAACAGGGAAGAGCUGGCUUUGUCAGUAUCAAUUAAAAGGUGCUUCUACUUCAGAGAAGUGCUGGCAUCCUUGAGCAUAUGGCUAGCUUGCUGUCAUCUGCACAGAACAGCAGUCAUCUUGGGGGUGUCUUUUUGAACCAGAUUCAUGAAACUCAGCUGUGAAGUGGGGUGCUGGAAAUGGGAUAAUUUAAGUCUGGAAACAAGGUUCUUGAAGCAAGUAUUGGGUUAUAGCUGAGACUAAGAGUGCACUGAGUUUUUAGGAAUCGAGCUCUGUACGGUCUGUAUGCAGCAAUGAAACAAACAUUCAAAUCUCAGAGGAGCAAAUGCAUAUAGAAAUUGGCAACAACUCCCAAGCAUGUUUAAAAAAAAAAAAAACCAUUUUAAAGGGUUUGAGAUCCAGUUGGCCCUUGCCCAGAUUUUUUUUUUAAUUCCUUUACCAUCAUCUCUCAAAGCAGUUUUUUUUUUGGCACAUCAAACUGAAGUGCAGAAAACCUUUACAUAUGUAAGCAUUGUGGCAGCCAUUGAGGACAGGGGAGAUUAAUCAAUAUACCAGGCUGCUCCUGAAACUAAUUUGGAUUUAAAUGUUAAAGUGUAGAUGAGGGCACCAGUCAGAUGCAGUGGUAGGCCAACCUGCUCCAGAACUGUGUCAUUAUAUCCCUGGGCAGGUUAAUUUAGAAAAAAUAAAUUAAUGGUCAUGGCAUAGCAGAGAAUGUAGCAGCUCUGAAAUCCGUAACUCUCCUCUGAAAUUGUUUUGUUGGCUAUUUUUUCAAUACACUCAAUUGCUACAUUGCAAACUAUUGGGUGAGGUCUCACCUCCAAGUCUGUUUUGACCAUUCAAUCACUUUCAGACAUCCUGAGAUCAUGAAAAUUGUUAGAUCAAUGCAAAUCUUUUCCUUUUAAUGUGACCAGAUGAAUCGUCACUUCACAUUCGGAAACAGCAUCUUUGUGAUUCAGCGGUCUCUGUUCCCUGCCUGUUAUUAGAAUAUUGUUGUCCAAUUUAUGACUAAGCAAUGUGUCAUCUCCUCUCUCGGUCUUUGAGAAUGUAAAUUAUUUCUCUACACAUCACCAUACUGACUUGGAGUGAAGCUUCCUGAUUCUCUACUGUGUCUCUAGAGGAAGACGUCUAAUGGCAUUGAGUGACCUUUCUUCACAAUGAAUGGAAUGACUUCCUAUUUGAGGCUUAUGCUAUCUUCUCUCAAAGAACCAUUCUCAGGCUCGCUAAAGCUUGCAAUGCAUAGAGUAAAAACUGAUUUACAAAAUGCAAUCUAUGUCAUAAACUCUACAUAUGAAAUGCCUUGGGAAAGGGAGCUUUAUAUUUGAAAGUUGAUUAUUCAGAGAUUUAAGGAUUAUCCCAGUUAUCAGUUAGUAUAAAGCCUCUUGUGAAAGAUCAAGUAUGUUAAUUUCCCUUUCUGAAGCCUGCCUGUUCUCCUUUCUACUUCCAUUGUUAGAUAUCUCUGUUCUAGUUGCUGAUGAAUCCAUUUUAAAACCUUGAAUGUUGUGCUCUGAAUCAAAUUGGUACAGCCACAAAUCCGGAAGAGCUAGAUAAAAAAUGGAGCAAGGUCUUUCUUGUUCACGGUCUGUGACUCUGGCCAUUGCCUGAUACAAAAAUAAUGAAGUUAUUGAUAGAGAUUAAUUGCUAAAAUUGUUCAAUAGGAGGCAAUAGACCCAGACAUGAGUUAGGAACUGUCUGUGGUGGAAUCAGCCUUGGGAACAGGAGGUACAAAGUUAUGGUUCUUUCAAGGCCCACUGCAUCAGCACACAUAAUGUCCCAAAUUACUCAGAUAAUGGAUCCCAAUAUUUAUCUACUUUGCAUUUACAUGAAUCAGUAGGAACUGUUUCUAUCAUUUCCCAAGGGAGCUUACUGAUAUACUCCGUUUUAUUAAUUUUAAGUUUUACUUCCAUUCAAGUGCAGGUAAUGUGCUCUGUGUCUACCUUUCACGAUGUUAAUUUUCACAUGUACUGCAGACAUCUUCACCACAACUACUGUCAAGCUCACCAUUGCCUGUAGAUUAUCAGACUGCUUAUCUGACAUGCAGUAUUAAAUCAGCAGAAAUUUUCUCUGAUUCCAUAUGGAGGAGACUAAAACCAUUGUUUUUGGUCCCUGCCACAAACUCCAUUACAUGUUAUUGACUUUCCCUCUUCUAAGUAUCUGUCCGAGACUGAAACAGACUGUUCACUAUCGUGCUGUCAUAUUUGACCUUGUAAUGAGCUUCCACUCACAUUCUUACUACCUUCAUCACAUUUACCACACCCAUCUAUGUAAUUUUUUUUAUUUCCAACCCAUUCCUGCUUGGCCUACGUUUUCCUAAAUUUGUGGUCAUCUGAAACGCUUGUGCAUAUCAUAACUCUCUCCAAGUGCUGUUUAUCCAUUGUCUGUGCUCACUGAAUUGUAUUGGCUCCCGGUCAAACAAUGCCAUAAUUUUAAAAAUUCUUUAUUUUCUGAUCCCUCUGUGACCUUGUCUGCUCCUGUCUCUAAUCUCCAGCUCUACAACCCAAUGAGAUAUCAUAUCAUUAGGCAUCUUGACAUGCCAUUUUUAAUGGUUGCACCAUUGAUGGUUAUUUUUCAGCUCUGAAGUUCCCUCAUUAAGACUCUCAACCUCCCUUUUCCUUCAUUAAAACUGUACUUAGAACCUGGCUGUAUGUUCAAGCUUUUGGCUGUGGGCCCUUGGGACUUGAUGUCAAAUUUUGCUUUGCUAUUUUUGAAGUGAUUGGAAAUAUUUAUUAAGUUACACAAAUAAAUGUUGUUCUGAACAUGCAGAAAUAACUCAAUGUCAACAUUACGCGUCUUUUUGGAAUCCUGAAAGCAGGUUGGACACUAUUGUAGUGACCGAAUAAGACCAUAUUACAAAUGCUGUGUCUGACACACCUGGAAGUGUUGUAAAUAGAGAAUUGCAGGCUGAUUCCUAUACAGUAUCAAAGAAGAACUAAAGGGAGGAAAGGGCUAUACAAUCCUGAAAGGAGAAGCACAAUUCUGAGAAGAAUGAUCCUCGGCUCCAUUAGGAUUUGAAAUGUUUAUGGAGCACACUUGCUAUAGGUGAAGGAAGGGCUACACACAUUAUUGGAAGAACUCUGGGUGAAUCACCUGUGCGUUGGAUGGACAGUGUGAAAAGAAAAUUGGAACUGGACCUCCUACCUUGUUUGGAACAUGUAGGCCUCUCUCAUAUGUUUCCCACCAUCACCUGACUCAUUUAGAGUCUUUACAGCUUCUGGUAUUACUCCAUCAUCAUUAUUCUCUCCAUUAUCAAUACAAUCUCUUCCUAGUUUGAAGACUGAGUAAAUGUUUUGUUAUCAAAAUUACCAACAAAUGGAAAGUCACAGGCUGCAAAUGCACAUUUUCCCAAAUGGUUUUCCUCCCAUGUACUAAAAGUAUAAAAUGAUUCGAUAGUAUGCUGUUCCUAUUUGACAGUAUCUGGGCUUAAUGAACAUAGGUUUUCAUAAAUAAACUGCAUCAUUAAUCAC